AUGUCUUCUCAUCAAGCUUCCCCACAUGUACCCAACAACCCAUCUGGUUUCCAGAGGGCCACUAUGCCUGAGCUCCAGACUACUAGUGAUGGCAAGGAGGUCAACAUUUGGGUGAAGAUGGCCAAGCACAAAUGGUGCAAGGCAUUGAGGGAAGAGGCUGCCUGGUUGGAGUUGGAGGCCAAGAGACAUGAGCAGGAGUGGCUGGAGGCCAAAAGGCAUGAGCAGGAGCAACUGGAGGCCAAAAGGUGGGAGCAGGAACAAUUGGAGGCCAAGUGUCAGGAGCAGGAGACCCAUGCCCAACAGAUGGUGGGAGAACUGAAGGGGGCAGGUACUGUGUACCUUCAGUCACAUGCAGCAGAGUGUGAGUUUCCUGAGGGGGUGGAGCCCAAGAUUGAAGAGGUUGGAGCAAAGGCUGGGAAGAAGAGAGUGCCAGAGGAUGCCAUGUUGCCAAGGGCUGGGGAGAAGAUGAAGGUCAUUCAGACCAGGUCUGGGGUACCCAGUGAGUUGGAGGCUGGCCCCUCAGGGGUAGGUGUGCCCUCUGCCACUCCCACUGACCCCUUAGUUGCAGCAGUCAACAGAGGAUUUGAGUUAAUUGCAGUGGCUAUGGAUUGUCAAACCACAGAGAUGCAAGCCAGGAGGGAGACCCAGCACUGGUUCAACAGUUGGCUGGGGGACCUGCUGGGUGAGUUUGAAUUUGUCCUUUGCCCAACCCCCCCAGCAUCUGAGUCCAGUGAGGAGUUGCACUUGGAUGUGGCAGAUCUGGAGCUUGAGAGCCUCCAGUCAGAUCAAGAAGGAGUGGGGGUGGAGUUGGACAAGGGGAUUAUGUGCUGGCCCAAGGACAUGCAUAUGAAGGGUCAGUGGUCCAGUUUGGAGAGUGGGGAGGAAUGA